UGCAGACCCUUGGGCUAAGGCAUAGAGUUCCACUGAGCUUACACUUAACUUUCUCACACUUAGAAAAUGGGCACAAAUUGAGAGGAAUGAAUUCCACUUUUUUAAAACAGAAUUAAGAAUAUUGCCUACCGUUCCGAUUUCUUCCUGUGGCCUGAGUUCCAAAUUCAGAGCUACUUCCUGGACAGUACCAAGAAUCAGAGAAGGAACCCCAGCAAGGACGUCUGAAGCCCUACCCUGGCAGGUCAGCAUUCGAACCAAAGACAAGGUUAUUUGCCGAGGAGCAAUUCUGAGCAGUUGGUGGAUCCUGUCUGCAGCUCACUGCUUCAAGGAGGACCUGUGAGUAUCGCAGAGAAGAUGUAAGAAAGAUGUUAAUACAUUUGAGGGGAAUGCCAAUAUAUUCAAGAAAAUAAGGAGUGGUCACACAGACUCAGCAAUUGAGUGAGAACUGAAGGAGGCUAAAUAGAUGUGGAUGCUAGCUGACUGCAGAGGAGAACUAGCAAAAUGAAUUAGGAAUAGAGCUUUGAACAGGAACACCCACAUGGUAAAUAAUAAUAAUAAUAAUAAAAAUAAGAAUCGAAUUGCAGAGACUCUGGCAUAAACCAGUGCAGGUAGUUCCAGUGGUAUUCGGCACACUGGGAGCUGUGCCUAAAGACCUAGGCAAGCACUUAAAAGCAAUUGGUGCUGACAAGAUCACCAUUGGUCAGUUGUAGAAGGCCAUCUUACUGGGAUCUGCUCGCAUAAUUCGCCGAUACAUCACAUAGUCCUAAACGCUUGGGAAGUGUUCGACUAGUGAUCUGUGAUACGAAAUCCAGCAUAGUUAUCUCAUUUGCUGUGUAUAAUGUCAUUUUGUGUAAAUAAAUAAAUCCUUCUUCUGCGCAUGUCCAAGAUGGCCGCUUGCUGAGAUCUCGGAGUGGCAGAAUGAGCAACUCCCGGCUGACGGAACAUCUUGGCCACCGACCUGGCCGAUUCUCCCCUCAGGCCCAAUGAUAAGAGCAUUCAGGCAGCCGCGGGAGAGGUUUUUUGCCCUCUCAGGGUCCGCGGCUGCCGAGAACGAGGCCGAGGGGAGUGAACGGUGACUGGCGGCAGCCAUUUUGGCGCAGGGCCUGGAGGGGGCGGCGUCUCGGCCGAGAACCGCCGCAACGGAGUUGUUUCCCGGCAUUUUUUGCCGGGAAUGAUGUAUGGAGCCCUCCGGUCCAUCGUGGAGGGCUGCGGGGGCGGAGGAGGCAGAAGAGGCUGAACUCUGCCACAGCAGCAUUUUUUCCCGGCCUUUUUGCCUGCAACGACGACGGCGCCCUCCGGUCCAGCAUGGAGGGCAGCAGCGACGGAUUCGUUCUUUAGAUCUUCCCAUAGUGGUCAUCUUGCAUGGGAAGCCUUCAGAGAAAAAGAAGCUGGACAUGGUGAUCAUCCAUGAAGACUUCAACAGUACCAGUCUGAGAAACAAUAUUGCUUUGAUCUUAUUGGAUUCUCCCAUCAACUUCAGUGAAAAAACGACACCAAUUUGCUUGCCCUUGUUGCAGGACCUCAGCAUAUGGCACGACUGCUGGGUUGCCACAUGGAAGACUAUAAUGGCUGAUAAUGUUGAGGAAUUAACCCACAUAUUAACGAAGGUAGAAGUAACUCUAAUUGACAGAGACGUGUGUUCCAAAGAAAUCCAAGGGUUAAUUGGGAAUGUCUUCUGUGCGGUUUCUAAGGAAAACAUGGAGGAGAACUGUGAGGUGGAGCGUGGGAGUCCCUUGUUCUGUGAUUCUGGAAGCAACAUGAAAUGGUUUGUGGUUGGCAUAGCAAGCUGGGGCGGUAACUGUGACCCAGAGGCAAGCCCCACAGUCUACACUGCAAUCUUCAGCUACCUUGACUGGAUACAAAAGGCCACGGCACAAGAAGGAAAGCCCUUUAUUCCUGAAGGAGCAGAUGACAUUGGACCUUACAGUCAAGUCUUUAUCCCAGAUUCUGUUUCCGGUUCUCCCCUCCUUUCAAUGACCUGCGCAAUCGCUCCAGUUUUGCUACUGAUGGAUCCAGUUUACUGAACUGAACUCCGUUUUAUUAUAAAAUUCUGAUAUUGUGCAUUGAUCUGCCCCAAAUCCAGCACCAUCCUAAUGCAUUGGACAAAGAUUCCUGUUCUGCCAGAAGGAUGAUCGGAGCUUGUUUAUCUGAUAUUUUUGGAAAGCAAAUAUUGGAAAAGGUUGCUGGAAGCAGCUAUAACUCUCAGCAGA